AUGGACAUACGUUCUGUUAAAAUAGAAAUUAUUAAAGCUAUUCACGAUUGCUCCCAAAGAGGUCUCUAUCAAACUGUUAAAUGGUUAUCAGAGUUGAAUUUCGCUCUACAUCAUGUGAAAUUGAAAGAAAGCGACAUUCCAAAAUAUAAAGAAUCGGAAGAGGAACUUGAGGAGUACUUGGUUGCAAAAUCCUAUUUUGAUAUUAAAGAGUAUGAUAGAUGUGCUCACUAUCUUAAAAAUUGCGUGUCGCAUAAAUCCAAAUUUUUAUAUUAUUACUCUUCUUAUUUAUCAAUCGAGAAGAAAAAGCUCGAUAACAUGGCUGAUACAAAUUGUCCACCUGAUCCAAAGAAAGACGAUGACUUGAGAAAUCUUGCAUCCCAACUAUUGAAAGAUAAUUUUCAAGAUAAAAUGGAUGGAUAUCUACAGUAUCUUUAUGGAGUUAUACUAAAAAAAUUAGAUGCUACAUAUUUGGCCACUGAUAAUCUUCUAAAAUCUGUUAGAGCUGAACCAAUGUUGUGGUGUAGUUGGUUUGAGUUGGGAAAAUUGGUUGAAGACUUUUCAAUAUUACCAGACCACUGGAUGAAAGAGUUUUUUAUUGCUCAUGCUUGUUUAGAACAACUGAGAAAUGAUGAAGCUCUUCAAAUGUGUGAAACUUUAGGUGCCAAAGGUUUUAAUAACAGUAUGUUUCUGAUGUCCCAGUUAGCUCUAUGUUAUCAUAACAACAGAGAACUUGACAAAGCAAUCGGCAUGUUUAGAAGAAUAUUACAGCAAGAUCCGUACAGGCUGGAUAAUUUGGAUAUAUAUUCUAAUUUACUCUAUGUCCAGGAAAUGAAAACACAACUGGCCGAUUUAGCUCAUAAAGUUGUUACUAUUGAUAAAUAUCGAGUUGAAACCUGUUGUGUCAUAGGAAAUUAUUACAGUCUACGGUCUGACCAUCCCAAAGCAGUUCUUUAUUUCAAAAGAGCUCUGAAAUUGAAUCCACGGUUUCUAUCAGCUUGGACACUGAUGGGUCAUGAAUUCAUGGAAAUGAAAAACACUAAUGCAGCAAUUCAGAGUUAUAGGAAAGCUUUAGAAAUCAAUAACAAAGAUUAUAGAGCAUGGUAUGGUUUAGGACAAACUUAUGAAAUUUUGAAAAUGUACUUCUACUCACUCCAUUAUUACAAACAAGCACAACAACUGAAACCCAAUGAUAGUAGAAUGAUUAUUGCUGUGGGAGAAAUUUAUGAAAAAUUGGAUAAAAUUGAGAAUGCUCUAAAAUGUUAUUUCAAAGCAUGUAGUGUAGGAGAUGUUGAGGGACUAGCACUGCUAAGAUUGUCUAAAUUAUAUGACAAGCUCAAUGAUACUGAAAAUGCUGCUGCUGCUUUUACAGAAUACUGCUUGAGGGAAGAGAGUAAUAAAGAUAAGGCAUAUGAAGAGCAAACAGACUUUUAUAAUGCCUUGCAAUAUUUGGCAAAUUAUCAUAUGAAUAAAGGACAGUUGGAAGAUGCCUAUACCUAUGCAUAUAAAUGCUUGGACUGUGAUGAGACAAAAGAACAAGGAAAAGCUUUGUUAAAAGAGAUUGCAGCAAAAAGAGCCGAACGAGAUAAUGAAGUUAAAAUGGUUGAGUCUGGUCAAAGAGAACCACCCGAUGUAAACAAUUCUAGUGAUAUGAAUUUUUCAGAUAUGAAUAUGGAAAAUUGAUGUACUGAGGCAGUCAUUUGUAAUAAUUGUAGGUAAUUUUCUCUUUCAACACUUUCUUUGUGCCUUUGAAACAAUUAUACUAGGUUAUGAGAUGAAAACAUCCAACAUUGAAAUAUGUCAACAGUAACAAUCUUUAAGUUGAUUCUGUCAAUUGUACCAAGUUCAAAUAAAUAAUACUUGAAAUGAA